AGUCGUGCGUCGUGCUUAACUGAGAGCACAACAACAACGACAAUAAGAAACAUAAAAUUUGUAAAAUACUCGUUAAUGUUUCGCUUAUACAAACUUUAUACGCUGUAUAUGAACAAAAUGACCAGCUAUGGAGCGGAGCGCUCGCCAUAUUGGUGUCUCUGCCAGAAGCUGCCACGCUCCAUACUCCACAUAGAGCCCACGCCAGAAAUGCGGUGCGAUGUUUGCGGGCGCUUGCGCCGACCAAGUCUCAGCUCCUCUAGUGAUGAGGAGGAAAUUGCAGCAGAGCGAAGCCAAAAGACACUUGCCCAGCAGCAAUGCAGCGAACUGUACAAGGAGCGACAGAAACUUGAGGAACAGCAACAGCAACUGGAUGCGCAACAGUCCAGCACAGGCGCAGGUCCA